GUUGCCGCUCGGGUUCUCCCGCCUCCUACCGCGCCGCGGCUCGUGGACGUCCCGCCAUGGCACUGUCGCGGGGGUUGCCCCGGGAGCUGGCCGAGGCGGUGUCCGGUGGCCGGGUGCUGGUGGUUGGCGCGGGAGGCAUCGGCUGUGAGCUGUUGAAGAACCUGGUGCUCACCGGCUUCUCCCACAUCGACCUGAUUGAUCUGGAUACUAUCGAUGUCAGCAACCUCAACAGGCAGUUUUUGUUUCAAAAGAAACAUGUUGGAAGAUCAAAGGCUCAGGUUGCCAAAGAAAGUGUGCUCCAGUUCCACCCCCAAGCCAACAUUGAGGCCCACCAUGACAGCAUCAUGAACCCAGACUAUAAUGUGGAGUUUUUUCGACAGUUUAUACUGGUUAUGAAUGCAUUAGAUAACAGAGCUGCGCGGAACCAUGUAAAUAGAAUGUGUCUGGCAGCUGAUGUGCCUCUCAUUGAAAGUGGGACUGCUGGUUAUCUUGGACAAGUGACCACUAUCAAGAAGGGUGUGACUGAGUGUUACGAAUGUCAUCCUAAGCCAACCCAGAGGACUUUCCCUGGCUGUACAAUUCGGAACACACCUUCAGAACCUAUUCAUUGCAUCGUUUGGGCAAAGUAUUUGUUCAACCAGUUGUUUGGAGAGGAGGAUGCCGAUCAAGAAGUGUCUCCUGACAGAGCCGACCCUGAGGCUGCUUGGGAACCAACAGAAGCUGAAGCCAGAGCCCGAGCGUCCAGUGAAGAUGGCGACAUCAAGCGUAUUUCCACUAAGGAAUGGGCUAAGUCAACUGGAUACGAUCCAGUUAAACUCUUCACCAAGCUUUUUAAAGAUGAUAUUAGGUAUUUGCUGACAAUGGACAAACUCUGGCGCAAGAGGAAACCUCCAGUUCCCCUGGACUGGGCUGAAGUACAGAGUCAAGGAGAAGAAACCAAUGCAUCCGAUCAACAGAGUGAGCCCCAGUUGGGUUUGAAAGACCAGCAGGUUCUUGAUGUAAAAAGCUAUGCAACUCUGUUCUCAAAGAGCAUUGAGACUCUGAGAGUUCACUUAGCCGAGAAGGGGGAUGGAGCCGAGCUCAUCUGGGAUAAGGACGACCCACCUGCAAUGGAUUUCGUCACUUCUGCGGCAAACCUCAGGAUGCACAUUUUCAGCAUGAAUAUGAAGAGCAGAUUUGAUAUCAAAUCAAUGGCGGGGAACAUCAUUCCUGCUAUAGCUACUACUAAUGCUGUGAUCGCCGGCUUGAUAGUGUUGGAAGGAUUAAAGAUCUUAUCUGGAAAAAUAGACCAGUGUAGAACUAUAUUUUUGAACAAACAGCCAAACCCAAGAAAGAAACUCUUGGUGCCCUGUGCACUGGAUCCUCCCAACACCAACUGUUACGUUUGUGCCAGCAAGCCAGAGGUGACUGUACGACUGAAUGUCCACAGAGUGACCGUCCUCACCUUACAGGACAAGAUAGUGAAAGAAAAGUUUGCUAUGGUGGCACCAGAUGUCCAAAUUGAAGAUGGGAAAGGAACAAUCCUGAUAUCUUCAGAAGAGGGAGAGACAGAAGCUAACAACCCCAAGAAGUUGUCUGAUUUUGGAAUUAGAAAUGGCAGUCGACUUCAAGCGGAUGACUUCCUUCAGGACUACACUUUACUGAUCAACAUUCUCCACAGUGAAGAUCUAGGAAAGGAUGUUGAAUUUGAGGUUGUUGGUGAUGCCCCAGAAAAAGUGGGGCCCAAACAAGCUGAAGAUGCUGCCAAAAGCAUCACUAACGGCAGUGAUGACGGUGCUCAGCCUUCCACCUCCACAGCACAAGAGCAAGAUGAUGUGCUCAUAGUUGACUCGGAUGAAGAAGGCCCUUCAAAUAGCGCCGACGGCAGCGAGGACGAGAGGGCCCGCAAGCGGAAACUGGAGGAGAACGAGGGAACCAGUGCCAAGAGGUCCCGCUUGGAGCAGCCGGAAGAUCUUGAUGACGUCAUAGCUUUAGACUGAGCAGGC